AUGGAGACCGGCGAGACCGGCCCACCCCCACCAUCGGCGUCCGCGGCGACGAGCGUCCCGAUUGGGACAAAGGAGACGCAAGUCCCUAUCGCCGCCGCGACCUACGCCACCGCCGCGAUUCAAAAGACCAAGCAGACUCCCGAGCAGCAGACCCAACAACAACACCGUGCCAAGGCUUUGACCCAAAUGUUCGAAGUCAUGGGUGCUGUACCGGGCAAUCGCACCGACCGGUGGUUGCAAGCCACCUUCGCCACCGACGAGUACCCUGUCGCUACCGCUACAUCGCUCAAGUAUUCGGCUCUCAACGCCAAUCGAUCCAUUCGAAACAUCUUCGACUUUGCUCUCGACGUCACUUUGACCGUCCAAGGCGCCUCGAAGGCCUCUCCCGCGGACAAGGCCGAUCUGCUCGGUUGCGUCACGAGACUGCUCUCCCCGCAAUCGCCCCUGUGCUUCGACGCCGAGGUCACCCUUCCCGAGCACCUUGCGGCGUUUGCGCCCCAGAUUAGGGGUAUCCAACACUCGUCUUUCGUCAGGGCCGGUGUGGUCAACCACCGUAUCUCCGUGGGAUUCGUUUCGGCGAAGGCACGUGACUCGGCGCUUACGGCCCCACUGGCGCUUACUUGGCACUCUGCAAAGGCUCACUUCGCAAAGGCCCACCACUUCUACCACAACAUGGUCGAGCUGCGUAUCAACGUCGGUGUCGCAGCGGUCCCAUCCAGGGAUGCCAUUGUUGACUCUUUUAAAUCAAUUGUCACCAAAAUCACAGCCAAGGGACACCGUUGCGAGCUGGUACAAGUCUUGCGCGUGAUCCACGUCGAUAACGACUCGGCCUAUGCGCACUUGGCCGGCGAGUUUUCGGCCUUUAUCCGCUUCGACGACGACGCCCUUUUCAAAGCCCCUAACAACACGCUGAAGGAGCUCCUACCGUCGAAGGUCUCUCUAGCCACUAGAGGCAACAUGCAUACGGCGGUUCGUCACGACUACGAACGAGAAGCGGCCUGUGCUCGGUGCCACUUUGUGGGGCAUGUGGAGACCUGCGCGCUGGAACAGGAGAGGAGGCAGAAGGAAGCGAACAACAACACCGGAAGGCACAACAAGUACACAACAACCCAACCAACACCAACAACAACAACAACGACACCACCAACACCAACAACACCGACAACGACGCUUCCGAGGUUGUGGCCCCUAGCCGCGCCCUCGGAACCGACCACUCGAAUCGCGGAACCGAUUUGCGGGGCUCGAGGUCGAAGGAGGACAGGAAGGAUGACGUCGAGGAGGAGGAUGCAGGAAAAGGAGGGCGAGGAAAAGGAGCAGGUCGAAGAAGGAGAAGAGGAUACGGGCGCCAAGGCGGACGACGAGGAUUCGGACUCGGAUGGGAACGCCGGAGCGGGCAUCGACAAGGCGGGAGGCGACGACAAGGACGACGACAAGGACGACGACGAGGACGAACAGGACGACAGCUCGGAGGGAAAGCGAACAAAGGGAGGACGAAGGAAACGAUGGGGAUGA